GCGGGGCUAAUCCAGAUCCAAGAUGGCGCCGGCGGCAGCUCUGAGGAGGUGAGGUGAAAUGAAGUGAAGCCGAAUGGGCCUGAGGGAAGUGUUGGGACGAAUCUCUCGCGUAGCCAAAGGCCGAGAAUCAUCCCAGGAUGGCAGCCGUUGUUUGGCUCACUCUUUUCCUAGCAGCCGUCUCUGCUGUGGACAGAAGUAAUUUCAAGACCUGUGACCAGAGUGCCUUUUGCAAACGCCAGAGGAAUGUGAAGGCCAGGAGUUCCCCUUACAGGGCUUUGCUGGAGUCACUGCAGCUCAGCCAAGAUUCUAUGAAAAUCCAGCUGAUCAAUGAAGUUAACAAGGUUCCUCUCCUCCUUGAGCUCUAUGGCUUGAAAGGGAAUAUCACCCGGAUCCGGAUCAAUGAGCUGAACGCACUGAAACCUCGCUAUGAGGUACCCGAUGUGUUAAUCCAGGACCCACCUACCUCAAGAUUGUCUGUGACAGGUCGUGACGAUAACAGUGUGGAGUUGUCCCUGGGCGACGAGAGCCACAAGCUCAUCCUGACGGCGAAACCGUUCCGCAUGGAUUUGCUGGAGGGCCGGGAGCUGGUGCUGAGCGUCAACUCCCGGGGGCUUCUGGUCUUUGAGCACCUGCGCCAGAGGAAGGACUCUUUCUCGGAAAAAGUUAGUAGCACGGUCGUUAGCAUUUGGGAUAGCGUCAAGAAUCUUUUCUCUAGAGAGUCGCCAAAGGAGCCGGCAGCACAAGAGGAAGGGGAUGCCGAGAGCCUGGAUGCAGAGCAAGAGUCCACAGAGAACAGUAAUCAGAAUGAGGAAACAUCGAGAGGAGCAGAGGAGGCCGAAGAGGAACCAGGGCUUUGGGAAGAAACAUUCAAGACUCACACAGACAGUAAACCGAAUGGCCCAACAUCCGUGGGGCUCGAUUUCUCACUCCCGGGUAUGGAAAAUGUGUACGGGAUCCCAGAACACGCAGACAACCUCCGACUGCGAACGACUGAGGGAGGGGACCCAUACCGCCUCUACAACCUGGACGUGUUCCAGUAUGAGCUCUACAAUCCAAUGGCCCUCUAUGGCUCCGUCCCGGUCCUUCUGGCGCACAACGCACGGCGUACACUGGGGAUAUUUUGGCUCAAUGCGGCUGAGACCUGGGUGGAUAUCACCUCCAAUACGGCCGGCAAGACCCUUUUUGGGAAGAUGCUCGACUAUAUGCAAGGUGGCGGGGAGACACCGCAGACUGAUAUCCGCUGGAUGUCAGAGAGCGGCAUCAUAGAUGCGUUCCUGAUGCUUGGACCUCAGCCCAGUGAUGUCUUCAGACAAUACGCAUCUCUCACAGGAACUCAGGCCUUGCCUCCUCUCUUUGCUUUGGCCUAUCACCAGAGCCGCUGGAACUACAACGAUGAGGAAGAUGUGAAUACCGUGGACAGUGGCUUCGAUGAGCACGACAUCCCGUAUGACGUCAUCUGGCUGGACAUUGAACACGCUGACGGGAAACGCUACUUCACCUGGGACCCAAACAAGUUCCCCCACCCUCAGGAAAUGCUUCGGCGCUUGGCGGCCAAAGGGAGGAAGAUGGUAAGCAUUGUGGACCCACACAUCAAGGUGGACACCGGCUACCGAAUUCACAACGAGAUCCGCUCCCAGGGCUUUUAUGUCAAGACGAAAGAUAACAGUGACUACGAAGGGUGGUGCUGGCCAGGUUCUGCGGGCUAUCCAGACUUUACCAACCCAGAGAUGCGUGCUUGGUGGUCCAGCAUGUUUGCCUACGAUCAGUAUGAGGGCUCCAUGGAGAACCUUUUCACCUGGAACGACAUGAACGAGCCCUCUGUCUUCAACGGUCCCGAGGUGACGAUGCACAAAGAUGCCGUGCACUGGGGCGGGUGGGAGCACCGGGAUGUCCACAACCUCUACGCCUUCUAUGUGCAAAUGGCGACGGCACAGGGGCAGGAGCAACGAUCCGGCGGCGUGGAGCGCCCGUUUGUGUUGACACGCGGUUUCUUUGCAGGCUCUCAACGCUAUGGGGCCGUGUGGACAGGAGACAAUGCAGCAGAAUGGGACCAUUUGAAGAUCUCAAUUCCUAUGUGUUUGAGCUUGAGCCUUGUGGGUAUUUCUUUCUGUGGAGCGGACAUUGGCGGCUUCUUCAAGAACCCAGAGCCCGAGUUGCUGGUGCGCUGGUACCAAGCCGGGGCCUACCAGCCGUUCUUCCGGGCCCACGCCCACGUGGACACCAUCCGCCGGGAGCCGUGGCUCUUUGGGGAGGAGAACAAGGCGCUGAUCCGGGAAGCCAUCCGCCAGCGCUAUGCCUUGCUGCCCUUUUGGUACACCAUCAUGUACCACAGCUACCGGUCUGGCCAGCCUGCCAUGCGACCUCUCUGGGUUGAAUAUCCUGAGGAUGCCAUAACAUACAGCAUGGAUGACCAGUAUCUCCUUGGUGAUGCCUUGUUGGUUCACCCAGUCACAGCCCAGGGCGCCCGAGGGGUGCAAGUCUACCUGCCUGGCAAAGGAGAGGUUUGGUACGAUGUCCACACACACCAGAAACUCCAUGCGCCCCAAACCCAUUAUUUAGCUGUUACCAUGAGCAGCAUCCCUGUGUAUCAGCGUGGUGGGAGCAUCGUGGCUAGGAAGGAGCGGGUGCGGCGGUCCUCCGAUUGCAUGCAUAGUGAUCCCUACACUCUCUAUGUGGCCCUGGGCCCACAGGGCACAGCACAAGGCGACCUCUUUCUUGAUGACGGGCACACGUUCAACUUCAAGACAAAGAGAGAAUACUUGCAUCAGCAAUUCAAUUUCUCCGGAAACACCUUGACAGCCAGCUCUGCCGAUCCGAAGGGUAGCUUUGAAACGCCGGCUUGGAUUGAACGGGUGGUGAUAUUGGGAGCCGGGAAACCAGCAGCAGUGUUCCUCAAAGAAGACAACGGUGCAGCCGAGACCCGCCUAGACUUCAUCCACCAGGCGGAAACAUCCGUUCUAACCAUCCGCAAACCUGGGGUCAACAUCGGGGCAGACUGGAGCAUCUCUCUGCGAUAAUAAUGCUAUGGGGCAGGGGGUGGGGGGAUACGGGGAGCCAGGUGGAUGAAGAAAGAGACACUUUUGUGGCAUGAGGGAGCUUUGAAGUCCCUGGAAUAGAGCAAGGCAAGGCUGGUGGCUCCCCGUGGCCAUGUCUCCGGCCCCGUGCUCCCUUCUCCGAUCCCGGUUUGGCCUCUUGAUCCUUUUCAGGUGGUCCCAUAGAUUUAACUUUUAGCAAUAUUUGCUGUAGAAGUGAAGACGCUCCGGGUUGGGGAGUUUGUUGUGAUUCGGUUUCCUUCUGUAUACUCCCCCCAGAGAUGCAAAAAUGGGGGGCCAUGUGCCACGUGACCACAGUAAUUGGGAAUAGUUAAUCCACUCGCCUCCUCUGCCUUAAUUUUAUUUUAAAUUCUACCUUUACAUAACUUUCCUGGCAGGGGGUUAUGUUCAUAGCCCAAUGUCUAUCGCAGCCCUCUUCAACCUCUAGAUAUUUUGGACUUCGACUCCCAUAAUCCCUGGCCAGCUGGGGCUUCUGGGAGUUGGAGUCCCAAACACCUGGAGUUCGAUACCUCUGCUAUACAGCAAUGAAGAGACCCAGGCAAUUGACCCAGACAGGCCUCCUUUACUUGACAAUAGCUGAAUGUAUUGAGAAUGAUUCCAUUUUUUUGUUGUCGUCGCUUGCCAUUGCUUCUCCAUUACAUAGUUAGAUCAUGUCCCGCUUAUCAUAUGCCUCCGAGACCCUGUUACUAUGCUUUGUGUUCCUCUCUAUUAUUAUUAUUUUCUCACCACUUUGUCCCAUAUUGUUGCUUUUGAAAACGGUUUGGUUUCACGGUGUCAGUGAAUCACUGUCACUUCUAUAUAUAUAUAUUGAAAAGUAAUUUGAUAAGGGACAAAAGAAAUCAUGUGAGGAUGGAAAGGUUUGUGCCCCGAUCCUCUCUCCGGCUUCGAUUUCUCAUUGCUGUGUGGCUCUUUUAUCUGUCCCAAGGAUUAACAUUCCCAUUUCUGGUUGGUUUUCCCUUAUGUUUUUUGGCAGCGUUUUAAAAAGUCAACCUUUCCUCCUUCACACACAUCCCUUUUCUACCCCGUUCCGGAUUGUUACUUCAUUUGCAGGUAAAGCUUUUACUGAUUGAAUGUUUUGAUAAAUAAAUGAUGGACGAUAAUAAUAAUAAUAAAAAAAGAAAACCCUACCAAA